AGCGCCCCAAUGCAUGCUAGUAAUGCUAGUGCUAGCUACUCCCAGGCACUCUGCUAGCUAGCCGUGGUGGCUGAACAUUUUGCCCACAUCUGCCCAUAUAGCCUUUUAUGUUGAAGUAGUCACUUAUGUACAUUCAUUUAUUGUGAUCAUAUUGUAAAUAUUUAUUUAUCUGAACAUAGGUUGAAUUACUUUAUACAGACAGAUUCGUAAGAAUGAGACUGUCAGAGUUCGCGAGCUAGCUACGUUAGCUAACUGUUAGGAGCAGAAAUACGGAUACAGCGAAUGCAUACGAGUGGCUGUUGUGCUACGUGAGUGAGAGGUUUGACGUCCUAAAGGCUACAUUCCUUCGUUGACACAUCCCUAGAGAAGUCUCUCAGGUGUGGACCCAGUCCCAGACUACCAGCAGAGAGGUGUGGACCCAGUCCCAGACUACCAGCAGAGAGGUGUGGACCCAGUCCCAGACUACCAGCAGAGAGGUGUGGACCCAGUCCCAGACUACCAGCAGAGAGGUGUGGACCCAGUCCCAGACUACCAGCAGAGAGGUGUGGACCCAGUCCCAGACUACCAGCAGAGAGGUGUGGACCCAGUCCCAGACUACCAGCAGAGAGGUGUGGACCCAGUCCCAGACUACCAGCAGAGAGGUGUGGACCCAGUCCCAGACUACCAGCAGAGAGGUGUGGACCCAGUCCCAGACUACCAGCAGAGAGGUGUGGACCCAGUCCCAGACUACCAGCAGAGAGGUGUGGACCCAGUCCCAGACUACCAGCAGAGAUGUCAGAAAGUGCAGGGCUGCAGUUUGUCAGCCCAUAUGCCUUUGAGGCCAUGCAGAAGGUGGAUGUGGUGCGUCUGGCUGCCCUGAGUGACCCAGAGCUGAGGCUGCUGCUGCCCUGCCUGGUUCGGAUGGCUCUGUGUGCCCCAGCCGACCAGAGCCAGUCCUGGGCCCAGGACAAGAAGCUCAUCCUGCGCCUGCUCUCCGGGGUGGAGGCUGUCAACUCCAUUGUGGCCCUCCUGUCUGUCGAUUUCCAUGCUUUGGAGCAGGAUGCCAGGAAGGAGCAGCAACUCAGGCACAAGGCGGGUGGCUCUAAUGGAGAGAGCAUCCUGGUGUCUCAGCUGCAGCAUGGCCUCACCCUGGAGUUUGAACACAGUGACCCUCUCAGGAGACUCAGGCUGGCACUCAGUGAACUACUGGCCAUCAUGAACAAGGUGUCUGAUUCCAAUGGGGAAUGGUUCUUGAAGUCCUCUGAGCUAUUUGAGAGCCCUGUUUACCUGGAAGAAGUUGCAGAUGUUCUCUGUAUACUUCAAGCAGAGUUGCCCUCUCUGCUGCCCAUCAUAGACGUGGCAGAGGCUUUGCUGCAUGUGAGAAACGGUGACUGGUUUCUGUGCCUGCUGGUUGCCAACGUCCCUGACAGCUUUAAUGAAGUGUGCAGGGGCCUGAUAAAGAACGGGGAGCGUCAGGAUGAGGAGAGCAUGGGAGGGAGACGCAGGACAGAGGCCCUGAGACAGCUGUGUCAGAUGAACCCCUCCCAGGCACUCAACAUCAGAGCCAUGGUGGUGGAGGAGUGUCAUCUGCCAGGUCUGGGUGUGGCCCUGACCCUGGACUAUAAGCCUGACACGGCCGAUGAUGCAGUCAGCCCUCUGGUGUCCUACGUCAGUGGGCUGCUGCUGGGCACCAAUGGGAAAGUACGCACCUGGUUCAGCAUGUUCAUACGCAACGGACAACAGAGGAAGCGUGAGAGCAGUUCUGUGCUGUGGCAGAUGCGUAGGCAGCUAUUGUUGGAGCUGGUGGCCAUCUUGCCCCGGUCGCGCAGCACCCACGAGCCCAACGACAGUGUGGAGGACGCAGAGAGCAGCUCUGGGUACUCUGGUCUCCGGGAGGAGCACGUGGUGAAGGCCUCCGCCCUGCUCAGACUCUACUGUGCCCUCAUGGGCAUCGCAGGACUCAGGCCCACUGAUGAGGAGGCAGAGCAGCUCCUCCAGCUCAUGACCAGUCGACCCCCGGCCACUCCAGCUGGGGUUCGAUUUGUCUCUCUGUCCUUCUGUAAACUACUGGCCUUCCCCACACUCGUGAGCACCCCGGAGCAGGAGCAGCUGAUGGUGAUGUGGCUCAGCUGGAUGAUCAAAGAAGAGGAGUACUUUGAGAGUGCUGCAGGGGUCGCCGCUUCCUUCGGAGAGAUGCUAUUACUGGUUGCCAUGUAUUUCCAUAGCAACCAGCUCAGCGCCAUCAUCGAGCUGGUCUGCUCCACUUUGGGGAUGAAGAUUGCAAUUAAGCCCAGCUCUCUGAGCAAAAUGAAGACCAUCUUUACCCAGGAGAUUUUCACUGAGCAGGUGGUCACUGCCCACGCUGUGAGGGUGGCGGUUACCAACAACCUGAGUGCCAACAUCACAGGCUUCCUGCCCAUCCACUGUAUCUACCAGCUGCUCCGCAGCAGAGCCUUCACCAAGCACAAGGUCUCCAUCAAGGACUGGAUCUACAGGCAGCUGUGUGAGACAUCCACCCCGCUCCACACCCAGCUGCUGCCCCUCAUCGACGUGUACAUCAACUCCAUCCUGACCCCAGCUUCCAAGGCCAACCCUGAGGCCACCAACCAGCCAAUCACUGAGCAGGAGAUCCUCACCAUCUACCAAGGCUCCACUGCAGGGGGAGAGGGUGGUCGAGCGGUGCGUUCCAGAUACAGCAUCACCACACAGCUCCUCAUCCUCUACUAUAUUCUGUCCUAUGAGGAGGCUCUCCUGUCCAACACUAAACAACUGGCUCUGAUGCAGAGGAAGCCCAAGUCGUACUCUGCCAUACUCAUGGACCAGAUCCCCAUCAAAUACCUCAUCACCCAGGCCCAGGGCCUGCAACAGGAGUUGGGUGGCCUCCACUCGGCCUUGCUGCGGCUGCUGGCCACUAACUACCCCCACCUGUGUAUGGUUGAGGACUGGGUGUGUGAGGAGGAGGUGACAGGAACCCUGCCUCUGCUCCGGAGGAUGCUGCUCACCUCUAACACCUGUAGAUACUCCCAGACACAACUCCACGACGCCUUCCAGAAGGUUCCCUCCAGUGGUCCCAGACUUAUGAGGAUGCUGGACCACCUGACCCUGCUGUCAGCUGGAGACCUGAUCCCCUACGCCGAGGCUCUGACGGGUAGCAUGGGGCUGCUACUGGGCCCCAGUGUCCCCCGACGCAUCCCCCAGACCCUCAACAAACUCUGGAUGGUCCUCAACACUGUCAUGCCCCGCAGGCUGUGGGUGAUGACGGUGAAUGCCCUGCAGCCCUCAGUGAAGAUGCUGAGGCAGCAGAGGUAUAUUCAGAAUGACCUGAUGGUUGACCCCCUCAUCGUGCUGCGCUGUGACCAAAGGGUCUACAGGUGUCCCCCUCUGAUGGACAUUGUUCUCCACAUGCUGAAUGGCUACCUUCUGGCCUCCAAGGCCUACCUCAACUCCCACCUGAAGGAAACAGCGGACUUUGACCGGCAGAGCCAGACCAUCUCUAACCUGGGCCUGGGACAGGCUGGGCAGCCAGACACCCCAGAGGUCACCAGAGAGGAGCUGAAGAACGCACUGCUGGCCGCUCAGGACAGUGCUGCAGUCCAGAUCCUGCUGGAGGUGUGUCUGCCCACCUCAGAGGUGCAGACUGGGCCCCUAGGGGCUGACGCUGAGAGCUUGCUCCAGAGCAUGAGGGCUGCGCCCGGGCCCAUCAAACAGGAAGAGGGGGCCAGGAGAGCAGAAGGGGAAGGCGAGCCGGAUGGGGGGUUACUCAGUGACCUGAGGGAGGUGCAGUGUCUCAUCUGCUGUCUGUUGCACCAGAUGUUCAUCGCUGACCCCAACAUCGCCAAACUGGUGCACUUCCAGGGUUACCCUCAAGCUCUGCUACCCUUGACCGUAGCUGGCAUCCCCUCCAUCCAUAUCUGCCUGGACUUCAUCCCAGAGCUGCUGGCCCAGCCCCAGCUGGAGAAACAGAUCUUUGCCAUCCAGCUGCUGUCCCACCUGUGUACCCAGUACGCCCUGCCCAAGUCCCUCAGCGUGGCCCGCCUGGCCGUCAGUGUCAUGGCCACGCUGCUCACAGUGCUGACCCGUGCCAAGCGUUUCUCCUUCUUCAUGCCUACCCUGCCGUGCCUGGUGGCGUUCUGUCAGGCCUUCCCUCCACUCUACGAUGACGUGGCGACCCUGCUGGUGCAGGUGGGACAGGUCUGUGCCUCUGACGUGUCCACCAAGACCAGGGACAUCGACCCGCUCAUCACCAGGCUGCAGUACCUGAAGGUGAAGCCUCAGGAGGUGGGUCCAGGAGGGGACAAGUCCAAGCUGAGCCUUCCCCAGAGGGCAGCAGAGGAGCUGGGUGGUGCUGACCCAGAUGUCCAGCUCUGCUACCGCAUAGAAGCCACCUUCAUGGACAUCAUCAGCACCAGCCAACACGGACUAUAGACAGAGACUUGCAGGUGGAGAGAGCACUGGGGCUGGUGCAGGGCUGUACGUUUAGAUAUGAGUGUUAUUUUCAAUGUGUAUGUUGUAGUGUGAGAUGUCUGUAUUUUGUAGGUAAUGAAAGAUGCAAUAUGCUGUAGGUCUGUUUUCUUGACCAUUGUAAAAAUAUUUUUCUAAGCUGACUUCUUUCUCAGCAAAAAAAAAAAGUUUUUUUUGAAAUGAUCAGGUAACCUUGAAUUAUGUAGUGUUUUUGUAUUGUACAUCUUGUUUGUAUUAAAAAAAACUUAAACUGAGA